AUGUGCAAAUAUUGUACCUCGAUCAACCCGCUUCAAGAAGCCCUCAAUGGAGAAAAACGCUGCCGAAAGUACCUUUGGGACCUUGACCUCGGGAUCCCGACAGUCGAGGAUGAUGCUCCACCAAAGAUGAUAAUAGAGAACGCGCUGGAGAAUCAAGGCAAGGCCGCGGAGAAAAAGGACGAAGAAGUGACCCGAAUAAAGGAAGAAGUUGAAAAUCUCAAGGAUCAACUCCAGCAGAAAUCCAAGGAACUCGAAAAGGCAAAGUUGGAGAACCGACUUGACAGCAUCAUUCUCUGGGUCCUGGCCGACUCCAUCGUCAAGUACGUAGAUAAGAUCGUUGUCGACGGCGACACUGCUUCAGUCAAGACAGCCAGUGACAGUGGAUGCGAGAGCGAACACUUCACGCCGAUCGACGAAUACGAAGAACUCGCCAAAGAAUCUUUCAUCUUCGACUUCAACGAUCAAACCGAAUGGCCCGUCAUUUCCUGA